ACGAGCUGUUCACUCGACUUGUUGGGUUAGAAGGAAAGCACUGGAAGACAUCGUAAACUAUAGCUAAGUAUGUACUUUGCCCUCCGCACCAACUUUAGAAAGUGUGGCGCAAAGAUCUGCAGAAUCGAGAAAUCGAAACUCCGACGUGGUUCUUGCCUAUGCCAAAUCCCGGCCUGGCUUGUCUCUAUUUUCCCUACUCCCAUGCUUUCUUGUCCCCCUGUGAACAAUACGUCCACCAUAUAAUUGCCUUUCCAAAUUCUUCCAUUCCUGUAACUUUAAUCUGUAGUAUUACGAAUUCUAUUGCUCUUUUUAAAUAUGUUUUUCUCUCCGGAACUGCUUGCAAGACGAGAUAGUGGGUUUGGGCUCCUCUGGCUUGCCGCGACUUUGGGAUCCAAAUCAACGUUCAAGAAACUUCCGAAAAGAUCUGUGAUGACUGCCGAUAUCGCUCAAUUGUGCGAUCUCAUAGCAGAGCCGUCUGAACCUCUCGCUUUACGACUCUCCAGCAAUUUGAUGGUCGGUGUUGCACGCGUAUACAAGGUCAAGCAGGAAAUCUUCUUCACCGACGUAUCACAUUGCGCCGCCUCCUUGAAGAAGAUCAUCCAGGAAUUCCAGGCUGCUCCUGGAGAUAUGCAGCUGCAAAUGGCCCAGCCUACAAUUCGGGCAUCCGCUUUAACAUUGAUCAUAGAUACCAAUCCGAACUAUGAGUUAGAUGCGUUUGUUGCAGACUGGGACGCCUUUCUCAACGGCGGAGAGGAUGGACUGGAAGAGGAUAUACCUGAUGCUGAAUAUAAUCCGAAUGGGAAACCGCUCAAGCCUAAAUCGAAGCCAUCGAAGCCUAGCUCAGCUGCCAUCCCAGAAGAUGUACGCGCCGAGCUCUGCACAUUGAAGGAGAAUUAUGAUCACCUCUUGUCCACUUCCUUCGACCUGUCUUUUAAUGGCAAUGCUCCAGGGCUUUCUCAGGACCCUUCUUCAUCGCAAGUUGAUGGUGGAUUUAUGAACGAUCCAUUCUUCUCUGAUGGUGCGGAUCUGGGCGGAUUGCUGGGCGACGAGCUCGCAAAAGAACUAGGUGAGGGCUGGGGAGCUACUCCAAUGGCAGAGAAUGGUGAAAAGGAUACCAUUGAAAGUGACGACUUUGGUACUCUUCCGGCCGAUAUGCCGAUGAACAUAGGUCUGGACUUCAACUUCGAAGACAUCCAGGACUCGAUGCAGUCUCCGGCAAAUAAUGCCGGGACCCCCGCUAUUGACAGGGGGAAGCGUAAGAGAAAGACAGACGACUCCCAAAAAGAAAAUAAGGCUCCUCCUUCACAGCCAAAUAUUCCACGCGCCAUAACACCUGUCCUAACAUUUUCUGAACAAUUGCUGUCUCAAGACGUAGAACCAGUACAACCACUCCAAGAUGUCACGCAACAGUUUCAGAAUGCAUCAGCCCCAAUUCAGAAAAAGAUCAAAAAGACUCGAUUGCUUUUGGAUGCUAGGACUGAACUUACCGACGAAGAACUGAAGACAGCCCGAGCGCAAUAUCUGCGAGGGCAGAAACUUCUGAGGCAGGAAAAUGAAUACAAACAAUUUGAGAAAGGGAACGGGCGCUUACUCGAAAACAUUAUUUGGGGGGUUCCGGACUGCAGUAUGUUCUUCCCUUGCACUUCUGCAAUUAUGGCACCGACGAUAUCUGCCACAAGUCCAAGCCCCUGUCCUUAUUGAGUUUUGGCAAGAGAAUUUCAAAGUUCAAGUCGAAGCAAGAACGGGAGCGCUUCUCAUUCACCCUACAGAUGAACCUCCUUCCAAACGGCGCAAGAUCAGAGAUCCAACCAAUUCAGCCAUUGCUGAACAACCCCAUAAUUAUGAUUUCGGCUGGGAUAUGGACAUGGGAGUGG